AUGGAUGCAGUUCGGACUCAAGUCUACAACCUGAUAGACCAGGUGCAACAAGUGCCGACACAACUGUUGCUAGCCGUUGCUUGCUUGUCCGUCUUCUCCUUCGCAAUUCUGCUGUACCUCGGUCUGUUCAUUGUCGCUCCUGUUCCCCGACCGCCGCACGAGUCCGAGAAGAAGUACACAACCAUCCUACCUGACGGGUCUGUCAGCGACCCCGAAACGCAACCAUGUUGGUACGACCACCAUGUCUCGCUCAAAUCACAGGCUCGCACCGGCAAGAUCGCUACAGGUGAUGCUUUCAGACCUACCCAGCCCGAACUCUUGGUCACCGUUGUUGUGCCUGCAUACAACGAAGAAGAAAGAAUGAGCGGCAUGCUCGAGGAGGCUGUCGAGUACCUGCAGUCAACCUUUCCACAACCGCUACAAUCGCAGUCGACAUCAGGCGACAAGCCAAAGGGUUGGGAGAUUCUCGUUGUAAACGACGGCUCGACCGACAAGACCAUCGACACGGCCCUGUCCUUUGCUCGCAAUCAUCAACUUUGUUCUACCCCUCCCACCCCGGCUGGUCCAUGGUCUUCUAAUGACGGUCCCAAGACGCGGUCCAAGUCUGCUCCAAAAGUCGAAACAGUCCCUACCAGUAUACCUCAUGGCAGCAUCCGCGUCAUAUCCUUGGAACAGAACAGAGGAAAAGGAGGAGCUGUCACCCACGGCAUGCGCCACGCAAGAGGAGCAUACAUUGUCUUCGCCGAUGCCGACGGUGCUUCUCGCUUCUCAGACUUGGGCAAGCUAAUAGAGAGCUGCGACCGUGUCGCUGAUGCCAAGGGCAGAGCUGUCGGCGUUGGGAGUCGAGCACAUAUGGUUGGCAGCGAAGCUGUCGUCAAGCGCUCCUUGUUGCGAAACACCCUCAUGCAUUCCUUCCAUCUUCUGCUACGUCUUCUUACGCCCCCAGCCACAUCGUCGAUCAAGGAUACCCAGUGCGGCUUCAAGCUAUUCACUCGCCCUGCUCUCCCAUACAUCGUUCCGUACAUGCACAGCGAAGGUUGGAUCUUCGACGUCGAAAUGCUCAUGCUUGCAGAGAGUGCUGGCAUUCCAAUGGCCGAAGUCGCCAUCGGUUGGAAAGAAGUCGGAGGUAGCAAGCUGAAUGUUGUCUGGGACUCUCUGGGCAUGGCUUGGGGACUGGCUGUCUUGAGAGCUGCAUGGAUGGUCGGCGUCUACCGAAGGGACGUGUAA